CUGGGCGGCAAUAACAGGACUCGCUGAGCGGGAAGCCUUUCAGCAAUGUCUAUCGCACCUAUGGAUGAGAUGGAUCACGAAGAAGCUUUCGAGCUUCGCGGCGGCGACGAGCAAGCACCUGUCGCUUCAUUCGUCGAUCCUCAUUUGUCAACGAACGCCGACAUCGAGAUUGCUCAGACUAAGCAACGAGCACCUGCCUUUUGGCCGCCGCUCUGGGAGCAACGUCGAAGCUUCUGUCUCUCUGUUCUGCGCAAAGCCGGCGUUCGCUCAGUGUGCGAGCUCGGCUGCGGCGAAGGUUCCUUGCUGUCGUUGCUCUCGCAGCCUGCAGAUUCGCUCGACGACUUUCCGCCCUUUCUGCCCCCCGAUGCUCAGGAUAAUGAACGCUUUCACCUUGCCAUUCCGACCGAAAGAGACGAGGGAGAAGCAGACGAUGAAGCAGAUGAGCCAAAGAUCAACGGCCACAAGAAGAGCAAUGGCCACGCGCGUGUUUCUAGCAAAAGAGGACGGUUGACAGAUCUACGUAAACUGCCUCAACCUUCGGCGUCAGAAAAGGAGCUUCACAUUCGUCGUCUUGCUGCUCUGGACAUACGUCGCGAUGAGCUCGAGCGAGCUAUCGAAGGCACUCAACCACUCGCGCCCGAGGAGCUUACUCCGGUCCUUUACGCGGAACAUCUCGUUGCAUCCGGAGGCCCGGGCCAAGGUGGUGUCACUGUCAAUUCGCCAAAAUCUGCGAGCCUCAGACUACCAUCGACGACAUAUUAUGAUCGACAGUCCGAACGGUGGGAAGAGCUUCGCAUCGAAUUUUGGCAUGGAGGACUCGAAACGUACAACGAGUCUAUCGAUUCAUGCGAAGCCUUCGUAGCGUCGGAAGUGCUCGAACAUCUACCUGACAACAUACUCAAGAAGUUCGGCAGCGUCGUGCUAGGGCAUUACCGACCUCGGGUUGUCGUUGUCACGACCCCCAAUUACGACUUCAAUGCCUUCUUUCCUGCAUCAGCAGACGAACAAGACAGGCCUCAGCCGGCAGCAUCAGUAGACUUGGAGGCCAAUCCACGAUGGCGGUUCGCUGAUCCAACGGGCCGUACUGAUCGAACUUUCCGGGACCUUGAUCACAAAUUCGAGUGGACCCGAGUAGAAUUCAAGGAAUGGUGCGCUCGCAUGGCUUCGGAGUACGACUACGACGUCGAGCUGGCGGGCGUAGGCUCGCUUGCCAAUUACUAUGGCGCCGGCUUAUCUGAACGUGAGCUAUUGAAUCGCGUACGGUCAGCAGUCAGCUUGCAUGCUGAAAGGCCAAAGCUGCCGCCGAGCCUAAACGCUUUCUUCGCGACUCAGUGCGCGGUGUUCAGGCGUCGAUUUGCACACGAGAGCGAGCGGCCACAUCGAUCGCCACGCAUGGCUCCCCUGCCGUUUUACAAAAAGCCGGCUUCGCCCAAGUUGCAAGCGACGGGAAGGAUACCUUAUGGCUCACAGAGAACCAUCCCGCCGGUCACGUAUCCUUCACCGCAUGAGCUACUCAAGACGCACAUCUAUCCAGCACAUCUAGCAGCAAAUCAGCCGUUAACUUUACGCAAGAUCAGACGGAUUCUUGCGCAUCUUAUGCAGGAGCAAAUGCAGCUCCCGAGAGCGACUUUGAGAGCUCUCUACUCGCGUACGGUUGUCCGACAGGCUUGCGGAGGCUACAUCAUGAAGAUACUCGAAGCUGUGUUGGAUGAUAAAGAGGACGAGUGGGACUUCGAGAUCGUACCUGGCGAAUCUCGAGAGGAUGCAGUCUUGAUACACCACAAAGGGCAUAUCGAAUCUGCUCGCGGCCUUGACAAACAUUUGUCAGAUGCGCUGCCGGACGCAGAUAGUCAAAAUUACUCAGCGACCCAAGAAACGACGUAUGACAGUUGGGAGCGUCCGGGUGACGUCAAUCGGAUGCAAAAUGGUCACCACUCAGCACCUUCGUCCGGUACCAAUGGCGACUGGUGA